GUCAUCACGUGACGCUGUCACUGGAUUUUAUGGAGGGGGCUAAGUGAGUGUAUGGUUCGAGGGCAGUAGAGGUCAGCAUUGCAUGCUAGACUGCACAAACUGAAGCGUGAAUUGUUGUGGCAACUGUGUGUCUGAACGCCGCGGCUCCGAUGAAGACCAGACUGCGCUGUUUGUGCUCGCUCCAGCGCGUCUCCCGCAGACAGGAGCAGGUUUCUUCACCACAUCAGAUGCGCAUUGCGCUCGGCGGCGGAGUGAAUUGCCUUUGACUGCGGACUCUCCUGCCGUGAGUUCAACAUCGAGAGUGACUUAUACAGCCUUGAAUGCGGCGUUCAAGUAUGAAUCCAGGUCGGAGUUCUGCUGCGCCACCACUUGACUGCGGGGCGAUGCUUCAGGUUCGGAUCGUUCCUCUGCGAAGACAGUGAAACUGGGAAACCAAAUGGACAAUAUUCAGCGCGAAACGUGAAAUCUCGGGGGGGAGGGAUAUGAGUGACCACACGGGAGGCGAGAAGGAGCAAACCACCGGGACGCAGGCGACCUUGCGGUUGCGGCGGAAGAGCGAGCGUCUCUCCGGACAGAAGAGCAGCGUGUGCUCUCGGUCUUACUUCGUAGUGGUGAUGGUGUUUUUCCACCUUUACAUCAUCAACGUGAUCGCGCUGCUGUUCUACGUGCACUACAGCAACGGACAGGAGGAUGUCGGCCGGGGUCCGGACCCCCCCGGCUACCAGCCCGACCCUGAAUAUCGCCGACCUCCACCCACGCCCGAUCCCCCGCGUGACGUUUCUCUCAUCCGCGUGGAGGGCAUCAGGGUGGGGCAUGUGCAGAAGAUUUCUCUGGUGCCAGAUCAAGUGCAUGAGAUGAAAACCCUGAGUCUGAAGCCGCUGCUGUUCGAGAUCCCAGACUUCCUGUCGGACGAUGAGUGCCGUGUUGUGAUGCAGCUGGCGCAGCUGAAAGGUCUGAUGGAGAGUCAGCUAAUGGUGCAGGACGAUCAGGAAGACCUGGUGAAGGAGCUCAAUCUUAGCCCGGAGGAAAUCUUCAACCUCCUUGAUAUCAACCAGGAUGGACAGUUGCAGCUGCACGAGAUCCUGACUCAUUCUCGAGUGAGGGACGGAAUCUGGCUCACACCUGAAAACCUGCGGGAAAUCUAUGUUGGUCUGAAUGCGGACAAAGAUGGAGAUGGCUUGUUAAGUUUAGAGGAGUUCAAACUCCUGAGCAACGAUGCAUUUCAGAGGUUUCUGCAGCAGCGAGGGGUAAAGAGAAGUCAGCUGGUGAGGAACAGCAGACACACCUGGCUCUACCAGGGUCAUGGGGCGCACCAGGUCCUACAAGACAUUAAAACAAGGGUGACAAAACUUACAAGGCUUCCAGCGACCUUGGUGGAUCUCAGUGAGCCGCUCCAAGUGGUCCGGUAUGAGGAGGGCGGUCACUACCACGCCCACCAUGACAGUGGUCCGGUAUAUCCUGAGACCGCCUGUACACAUACGCGAAUAGCAGCCAACGUGUCCACGCCGUUUGAAACAUCCUGCAGGUACAUCACUGUUCUCUUCUACCUGAACUCUGUUGAGGGGGGCGGGGAGACCGCAUUCCCUGUGGCAGACAACAGGACCUAUGAUGAAGUGUCUCUGAUACAGAAUGAUGUCGACCUCAUGGACACACGGAGACACUGCGACAAAAGUAAUCUGAGGGUGAAACCAACCAAAGGGACCGCCGUCUUCUGGUACAACUACCUGUCAGACGGAAAAGGUUGGGUUGGAGAACAGGAUGAUUACGCGCUACAUGGGGGCUGCGUUGUGACACAUGGAACUAAAUGGGUCGCCAAUAAAUGGAUCAACAUUGAUCCUGACUACCAGCGACAGGCCCGCUACCAGCAAUUGGUGUCACAACAGCCCGAUGAAGAGGAGGAUGAUGAUGAUAAAGAUGCAGCUCAGCACUCCGACAUGCACAUUUCCAAUGUUCAUAUGGACCUGUAGCUCCUGAAUUUCUCUCUUCCAGUCCAGUGAACAAUGUCUUAUAAUGCGGUCAGCGUCGCCAGUGUGUUAAGAUGCAACUUAUUCAGGGAAUGGUGUCGCACUGGGUUUAUGCAAAGUUUUGUCCGUUUUAGAUUCUUCUCAACUCUUUGGAAUGUUGCACAAUGUCAGUGUUGAAUGGGUUGACAACCUCUCUUGCACGAGUUAGCUGCAGCCCUAUGAUGUUUGUUCCGUGAUAAAACACAACUGCACCCGAAGUCAGCUCAUGGCCACAUUUCUGUCAAAUUUGUUCUUGAUGUCAUGACCAAAAAGAGUUUACACGAAGAGUGUGACGCAUGUUGUGUUGUCUCUAUUCCUUAGAAUUACUGUAGAUGUCUGGCUAGUUGUUUGGGAAACAAAACAACAAAUGGAUUGAGUACAGUUGAAAAAUUACAUAUAUUUACUAGGUUAUUGUUUCUGUUUUCAUUAUUUACUGUCUUGAAAUUGCACUGUAUUUAUUUUUCUAUAUUAAAUAAAAUUUAAAAUGAGUGUUCGCCAGCAGUCCUCCAUGGUCAAACUAGUUCAUUUUUAUUAACCAAGCCUUCUAUUGAAUUAAAUGACCUUUUCAAGGAAAAUAAAUAUACAUGUGUAUGAAGUAACAACAACCAAAAAUAGUGAAAAAGUGAAUUUAAUAAUUAGUGUAAAUCCCGGACUACAUCGCACUGGAAUAAUAGCCCCACCCACUAUUAAAGAAAAUAGAUGUUCACACGGUCUAUAAGCCACGGGUGCAGUGGUGCUGUCUGCUCCGUAGAAAAGU